UGUCAUGUCUGUCCCUGGGAUUUUUGGCUUCCUUUCUUUGAGUUUCUGCGAUCUGUGUCACUGGACUGCCUGGCUCUGCGUUCUCUACGUUCUGUUCAAAGCCUCUAAGCUGUAUGUGAAAUGGAGGGAGCUGUGCAGAGCAUUCAGUCCUUUCCCAGGUCCUAAACUUCACUGGCUGUAUGGCAAUGCCCAUGAGUUCCACGGUGAUGGAAAAGACAUGGAAAUCAUCAUGCGUUAUGCGGAACAGUACCCAUACGCCUACCCACUAUGGAUGGGGAACUUCUUUGCAUCGUUGAAUAUCUGUCACCCCGAUUAUGCGAAGGCCAUUCUGUCCAGACAGGAUCCAAAGGAUAAUUUUGGCUAUUACUUCCUUACUCCAUGGAUUGGUAAAGGGUUGCUGGUGUUAUCGGGCCAGAAGUGGUUUCAGCACCGCAGACUGCUAACCCCCGCCUUCCAUUAUGACGUAUUGAAGCCGUAUAUCAGACUCAUGUCGGACUGUGUGAACGUCAUGCUGAAUAAAUGGGAGAAUAUCGUCCCGGAUAAGAAGCCAGUGGAGCUCUUCCAUCAUGUCAGCCUCAUGACACUGGACAGCAUUAUGAAGUGUGCCUUCAGUUACCAGAGCAACUGCCAGAAUGACAGUGAAAGUGCCUACAUCAAGGCAGUGUACGAUCUCUCCUACCUGGUGGAUUAUAGAUUCACCUGCCUGCCCUAUCACAAGGAUUUCCUUUUCCACCUGAGUCCUCAUGGAUUCCGCUUCCGGAGAGCUCUGAGGACAGCGCAUCAGCACACAGAUAAAGUCAUUAAGGAAAGGAAAGAAUCGCUCAAGGAAGAGAAAGAGCUGGAGAAAAUCCUUCAGAAGAGACACUUGGACUUUCUUGACAUUCUUCUCUGCGCUAAGGAUGAGAAUGGUCAGAGUUUGUCGGAUGAGGACCUGCGUGCAGAGGUGGACACUUUCAUGUUUGAAGGCCAUGAUACGACAGCCAGUGGGAUCUCCUGGGCAUUAUACUGUAUGGCCAAAUACCCCGAACACCAAGAGAAAUGUCGGGAGGAGAUCAGAGAGGUCCUGGGAGAUCGGAACACUGUAGAGUGGGAGGACCUGGGUAAGAUGCCGUACACCACUAUGUGUAUUAAGGAGAGCAUGCGCCUGUAUCCACCUGUGCCAGGAGUGGCCCGCGAACUCACCUCACCAAUCACAUUCUGUGAUGGGCGAAGCUUGCCUAAAGGUAUUCAUAUAAUGCUGAGUUUAUAUGCUAUCAACAGAUGCUCUAGCUUGUGGGACGAUCCAGAGGUAUUUGAUCCAUUGAGGUUUUCACCAGAAAAUGCCUCAAACAGACACUCGCACGCUUUCCUCCCUUUCUCGGCUGGAUCGAGAAACUGUAUUGGACAGAAUUUUGCGAUGAACGAGAUGAAGGUAGCUCUCGCUCUGACAUUACAAAGGUUUGAAUUAUACCCGAAUAAUGGACAGGAACCCUUAAUACUUCCUCAGUUAGUCCUGCGGUCCUUAAAUGGAAUACACCUGAACCUGAAGAAAAUAGACCCUCCAAAAAAAGCAUAAGUGUAAUUUCAUGAACUGUCG